UGUGCGUGGAUUUCCUUAUCGAACACGGCGGUUCGAAACGGUCGUGUUUUGAACAGUCGUAAAAACAGUCGUGCUCCAAUUUGACAAGUCAAAUUGUCAAAAAUGACAACUGAUCUCUCUCUCGCCGUAAGAAAACAUUUGUUAUUCAUUGAUUGAAUUAAUUUUCGUAUUUGAGGUUUUUCGUUCUUGAAAUUGAUCAGAUUGAGAAUUUUCAACGAAAUUCAAGUGAAUAUUUACAUAUUGCCGAAAUGCAGAAUUCGAUUCUUCAAAAUGUGCAGCAUCGUCGGGCGAGCAGCAACACACAGUACCAUUGUUUGUACGGAUACUAUUUUCUUGGAUUUUCACGGGCACAACUAGCAAAGAUCUACUCAAAAUCUAAAUCAACUAUCAGCUCCUGGAUCAUCAACUAUGAACGAGACGGUAUACUAAAUGCUAAUAAACGGAGGACCACAUUCAGGAAAUUCGACAUGGACAAACAAAAGUGGCUAGUGAAUCUGUAUAAGAAAAAUCCUAUCCUGUAUCUUGACGAAGCCCGGCAGCAAUUUGCUAUUCACUUCGGAACAUCCAUAAGUGCCUCGACGAUUUGCAAAAUUUUGCAUGCUCACGGACUAUCUUGGAAGACGCUGGAAAGGAGAGCCAUCCAAAUACGCCAAGCAGACAUCGAUCGAUAUACCCAAGAAUUGAGCUGUUUUCAAUGGGAUUUGCAUCAACUGCUGUUUCUCGAUGAAGUUGCUUUCGCAAACGGUCGACUGUUGCGCAAUAAAGGUUACGGAGUAGUCGGAAGAAAACUAGUGUACAAGGAAGAAUUCUGCAGGAGACCCCGGGUAUCUUGCCUUUGUUUUUUGGGACAAAACGGGAUAGUCGAGUCUUUUGAAACCGAAGGAACAUUUACGCGGCAAAAGUUCUUCGAUUGUUGCCGAAAAAUGGUUUUUUCAAUCGAUUGCGUAAGAACAUAUCCAGGUAGAUUUUCAGUUUGGGUGAUGGACGGAGCUCGAAUCCACUGUGAUUCUAAUAUCAUACAGUAUUUACGCUCUUUGGGGAUAAUUCCACUUUUUCUCCCAGCAUAUUGCCCGUUUUUCAACCCAAUUGAGGUGGUUUUUGGGUUGGUAAAAAAAUAUUUGAGACGAAACUACACAGAAGGAUGCAAAACACCAUUGUCAAAUGUUGUUCAAGGUGCACUAACUAAAUUCACAUCAUAUGAUUGCUCCAAACUUUUUCAAAAAUGUGGAUAUCUUCCGGGAGGAAAAUUUGACCCAUCAAUAAGCGAACAAUAAAGUGAAAUGUUUAAACCGUAUGUGUACUUUUAAUUUAUUUGGUAUGAGAUUAGAACCCUUCUACUGAAAUUCUAAACAAACAACUUUCGCUAUCAUCCAUCUUUUACUCUUGAUGGUCGACAUCAAUAGCAUCAGUGACCUUAGAUGCUAAUUUCCGGCUAAACUCACUUUCCUCGGGUGGCAGUGAUGCUUCCAUAGCUUGCAGAAGUGAAUGAGAAGCUCGAACUUGUGCCUUCAGUUCAUGUGCUUGCAGUUGAACCUCCGCAACGUUUAUAGCAACCGAAUCAACCCUGUCGCACAAAGUAUUGAUUGAUGAAGAAAUACUUUCAACGAUGUUGUAGGCGACUUGUAAACCAUGACGAGUGGCUUGAAGACGAUGCACUUCUGAUACCGGCACCGAUCGGAAUAGAUGAAGGUAUUCGUCCGGUGGAGCAUCCUUCAUUAGAUUCGGUCGUACAUCACCGGGGUGAGCAAGAAUGUAAUUCGCCCAUUUUUCCCAAGAAGCGUACAACGCAGUGUAGUGCGUAUGCGUACUUUUCAAUUGCUCGAUACAG